GACCCCGCAUCUUAUUAGGGACCAGCGAGAUUUCUCCAUUUUCCAGCUCGUCUGCGGCAACACAGUAACAAACUGGGAUUUUUAUUACUUCUCUGCACUUGGCGGUAUUCUCUGCGAAUUGUUAACAAUUCAUCGCCGCCAUUUGGACUGCUUCGCUUUUCUUCUUGCAUUUUACUUUUCCUGAGGGGAAUAUCGGCAGAGCUCCACCGAGAAGAUCCGCUCAGUCUUUGUUCCUCCGUGGAUCGCUCAGCUCUUUGUUGAGGACAGCAUGGGAGCGGCUCUCUCCAGGGCGGCGGCGAAGGCAGAGAAGCCGGGAGACGCAGCAGUGUCUCCGGCCAAAGCCAACGGACAGGAAAACGGCCAUGUGAAGGCGAACGGGGACUCCUCCCCAGCAGAGGAGCUGCAGGCCAACGGUAAAGCGGCGGUCGAGGAGGUCCAGAAGGAGGAGGAGGAGGUGACGGCCGAGGUGGCGGCCGCGGCCGAGGCGGCGCCGGCCGCUAACGGCGACGCGGCGGAGGGCGAGGCGGAGGUGAAGGCCGACGAGGCGGCCGCCACGCCCUCCUCCAGCACCGAGACCCCCAAGAAGAAGAAGAAGAGGUUCUCCUUCAAGAAGUCCUUCAAGCUGAGCGGCUUCUCCUUGAGGAAGACCAAGAAGGAGACAGGCGAGGAGGAGGCGGGCGAGGAGGAGGCCAAGAAGGAGGCCGCGGACGGGGGCGAGGAGGCCGCGGACGGAGGCGAGGAGGCCAAGCCCGCCGAGGGGGAGGCCGCCGCCUCCGCCGUGGACGGAGGAGAGAAGGUGGAGGAGGAGGAGGAGAAGGCCGCCGGCCCCGCUGAGGCUAAACCCGAAGAGGCUGCGGAGAAGCCGGCGGAGGAGACCAAAGUGGAGGAGGCGGCCCAGAAGGUGGAGGCUGCCCCUGCAGAGGUGGAGGCCCAGAAGGUGGAGGCCCAGACGGAGGCGGUGGCAUCGGAGGCGGUGGCGGCGGCGGCGGAGGAGUAAACUCCGGCUACCGGACGACAAACCACAACGACGAUGGAAGAAGGGAGACGAAGAAGAGAUAAUCAAAGAACAUUCCCCUGUUGGGGUGACGGGCGACGCCAUCUUGGCUGAGGAGGACUUGUCGACCACCAGGGAUACUUUAAAGCUUUUCUUUCCUUUUCUUUAUGGCCCAUUCCACCCAUUUCUUUAUGGCCCAUUCCACCCCCCCCCCCCUACACAAAGCCCCCGUGCUCCUGGGGCGGCUUCAGAAACAUACAACAGAAAGUCACACUCUGCCAUAUUUGUUUUGCGUCAGUAUUACUUUCUGAUUUCCCUCCUUUUAUACAGAAAUGUAAAACCUAUCAACGUGUAUGGAGCGGGCGGGGUAGACGGGUGGGGGUAGAUGAUGAUGAUGGGGGGGGGGGGGGGGCAGGCCAGGCUAUUACCUAGAGAAUAGUCUUAGAGGGCCGCCCAACAACACUAAGACCUUUCAACAACCACUAGACUAGAUCCUAUCCACCUCAACCAGCGCCACCGUAGCGUUACCUUCAGAUCCUAGAAAUACUAAAUAUGUAAAGGCUGAUUUAUGACCUUAGGGAGAGAAAAAGUAUGUAAGUAUGUAUAGGCAGGGUGAUUUUAACUGUGAUUAUAUGAGUCUUGAAUACACACAGGUUUUGUACCGAUCAGAUUCAUCUGGGGAAUAAAAAACGCGAACCAAGCUGUGAGGGGCGUUACUGUUUAUAUACUGUGGUAAUGUUUUAAAUACAGCGACCGCUUUUUCAGUCUUUGACAAAAUUUAUCAGAUGCCAUGUUUGUAGCAUCUCGUCAUUUUUCCUUUUGUAAAUACAGGAGAAGCUUUGACCAAUUUGACGUAGAGAUGGAAUGUAACUUUGCUUACAAAAAAUUGCUAUUGAACUCCUCGCUUAAAGGUGUUCUAAUUUUCUGUGAGCACACUGAAAGCAAACAAUAAAUGUGAAUAAAAUUUGAAAAAAA